GAGGGGCGUGGGAAUUUGGGGAAUAGGGAGGCGCUGAGGGGAGGAAGUGGCGGCUUCCUCUUUUUCUCCUCUAGAAUUGGGAAGCUGCACUUUGGAUUUCUCAGCAGAGGACGCCGGGAUGGUGCCAGCACUUGGGGAGGGGGAAGCAAAGUAAGAAGGCAAAAAGGCAAGAUAUGCAAUCCAAAGAUGGAACCUGUGUGUACAGAGGCACUCUACCUGUAGACAUGGCUGGCUGGGAGACUGCUGAUGAGAGGGCCUUGAAAAAGAAUUAGAUACAACCACUGAAUGUCGUUAGCAGCAGCCAGUCAAUAGACCAUCCAUGUUCAGAAGCUGGGUACCUGUUGCAUGGAGAAUAAUAAGGGGUCCAUACACUACCAGCAUUUGGGGAGCUUUUGGUUUGUCAAGAGACUACAACAACUUUGGAAAGUUGUCUGAUCAACCCCUAAGCAUAACCCGGGCUUUAGCAGACAGACUUUUUGCCUCCUAUGCAGAAAGGAAGACGCUUGAACUGAGAGAAGCAAGAAAUGGCCACUGAGCAAGGAGAGGUGACCUGGGCGGGCCUUGAGAAGGGAGUGAAAAUGGAAGAUCCAGAUCCCGUCGGCUCCUUGCCGUCUGAGGGUUUGAGAAGAUCCAGGAAAAGUUCUCAUGUUUCCUCAGCCGGAACUGUCGGAGAGUGUCUGAGCUGGGCAACAGCAAAGCAGGCUGAACGGGAGACAGACGACCGGCUGUUACCGCAGUGCUGGGAAGGCCAGUGGCAGGAAUUUCUGAAGACAGUCCAGUCUCCUUGUUCAGGAUGGAGCCACCCACAGCUCUCGGGGGCUGCUUUCCCGGUUCCCCCAGAAACAUCCACUGGUGUCUACCACGGGUCCACGUCGGAGGCAGCAAGCGGACUUCUUUCAGACUCGAGGGAAGGAUCCCUGAAGACUGAUGUGACUGGAGGGAAAGCAGAUCACAGGGACAUGAAGGGUGAGGCCCCAGGGGAACAGGCCCUCAGCACCGAGAUGUGGCGCCAACGCUUCCGCUGGUUCGGCUACCAGGAGGCCUGGGGGCCUCGGGAGGUUGGCCUUCAGCUACAGGAGCUCUGCUUGAGGUGGCUGAAGCCCGAGAUGCACACCAAGGAGCAAAUCGUAGACCUGAUCCUCUUGGAGCAGUUCCUGGCCGUUUUGCCGGAGGAGAUCCAGAGCUGGGUGGGGGAAGGCAGCCCAGAGACCUGUGCCCAAGCGGUGGCCCUGGCGGAGGACUUCCUGCUGAGGCAGCAGGAAGCUGAGCAAUGGAAGCAGGAGGUUCUGGAAGAAUUUGAGGAGGAGGCCAUGAGUUUCUCAAGAGAAGAUGAGGUUCCAUCGGGCAUGGUGGACAGGCAUCCCUCCCAAGAAAUCAAACAGGAGGGCUCAGAAGGUGCUGGCUUGCUAGCAGGUGAUGAUUGGGAUAGUGAGACUGAAAGAGCAUCGUUUGAGGUUCCAUUGGAAAGAAUUGAGCUCCGAGACAUGGCAGAGAACUCUGAGAAUCUGGAGGGACCCAGGUGGGAUGAAGGGAGCCAAAUGGACAAGAGGAAAAACAAGCCCAUCCUUUGCCAGAGUGGCAAUUCGGGUGAAGCUGCAUUCCAGCAAAGAAUAUGUGUAGGGAAAAGAAGGCAUGUGUGCAAUAUGUGUGGGAAAGCUUUUACCCAAAAAUCAAACUUAAAUAGGCACCAGAGAACCCACACGGGUGAAAAGAAGUACCAUUGUUUUAAAUGUGGGAAAAGCUUUAACUGGGAAACUAGCUUUAUCAGACACCAGAGUUUCCAUACUGGGGAAAAGCCGUAUCCAUGUACAGACUGUGGCAAGAGCUUUAGCCGGAGUGCAAACUUGAUCAUCCAUCGGAGAAUCCACACAGGGGAGAAACCACACCGCUGUGUAGACUGUGGGCAAAGCUUUAGCCAGAUCUCCAAUCUCAUCAGGCACCAGAGGAUCCACACCGGAGAGAAGCCAUACAAAUGCUUGGAGUGUGGGAAGAGCUUCACGCAGAAAUCAAACCUUAUCAAACAUCAGAGCGUCCAUUCGGGUGACAAGUCAUACAGACGGUCAGCUUGUGGGAAGAAGUUCAACCAAAAGUCAAACUGCGGUAAACUGGAGAGAAUCCACACAGGAGAAAACCCGUGCACAUGUUUUAAGUGUGGGAAAAUCUUUUCCCGGAGAGGCAACCUGCUUCGACACCAGAGCAUCCACACAAAAGAUAAACCUCAUAAAUGCUCAGAAUGCGGGAAAAGGUUCAAUCAGAGGACAAACCUUAAUGCUCAUCAGAGAAUCCACACAGGAGAGAAACCUUAUAAAUGUCUAGCCUGUGCAAAAAGCUUCAGAUGGAGGGCACAUCUUAUCAUACACGAGAGACUGCACACAGGAGAGAAGCCACAUAAAUGCACCGAAUGUGGGCAGAACUUUAGCCAGAGAUCCAACCUUGUCAGACACCAUAGAAUCCACACAGGAGAAAAGCCGUAUACGUGCUGUGACUGCGGCAAGAGCUUUGGUCAGAAAUCCAACCUCCUUAAACACCAGAGGAUUCAUACAGAGGAGCAUCUAUAUAAUCAGAGGCCAAAUCAUAUUAGAUGUGAAGGAAUGCUCCCAGGAGAAAAUCCAUACAAAUGUUUCAGAUGCAGUAAAAUAUUUUCGAGAAGGGGAAACCUUCUUAGACAUCAGAGCAUCCACACUAGGGAGAAGCCGCACAAAUGCUUAGAUUGUGGGAAAAGGUUCAAUCAAAGAACUAACCUCAUUAGCCAUCAGAGAAUCCACACAGGGGAGAAACCUUUCAAAUGUUCCGCCUGUGGGAAGAGCUUUCGUCAGAGUCCACACCUUAUUAAACACCAGAAGGUACAUACAGAAGAGAAGAUAUCUUGUACAAAUUCAGAUUAUGGGGAAGGAAUCCAUCAGCAAUCGAUUCAUAAUAGAUGCGAGAGAAUUGGUCUAGGAGAAAACCCAUAUGAGUGUCUAAAGUGUGGGAAAAUCUUUAACUGGCAAUCAAACUUCAUCAGACAUCAGAAAAUCCAUGGUGGUGAGGAACCUCAUACAUGUUCCACCUGUGGGAAGAAAUUUAAUCGGAGGAAAAACCUCAUUGCUCACCAGAAAGUCCACAUGAGAGAGAAGCCAUUUAAAUGUUCAGACUGUGGCCAGAGCUUUGCAUGGGAAGCACACCUGGUCAUCCAUCAAAGAAUCCAUACAGGAGAGAAGCCCCAUAAAUGCACCAACUGUGGGCAAAGUUUCAGUCAGCGAUCCAACCUUAUCCGACACCAGCGAAUCCACACAGGUGAGAAGCCCUAUAAAUGCACAGACUGUGGCCAGAGCUUCAGUCAGAGAACACACCUUGUGGUCCACCAGAGAAUCCACACAGGGGAGAAGCCACACAAAUGCUCCGAGUGCGGCCAGGGCUUCAGUCAGAGGGCACACCUGAUUGUACACCAGAGAAUCCACACAGGGGAGAAGCCGCAUAGAUGCACAGACUGUGGGCAAGGCUUCUGCCAGAGAUCAAACCUUAUUAGACAUCAGAGGACCCAUUCCUGUGAGAAGAAAGAAUAGAGACACUGACAUUACUGGAGAACUUUUGUUACUUUUAGUGUCUCAGCAGGCCAAAGAUACACAGUGGGGAAAAGAAACAAAUGUCUAUUAGAUGGAUCACAGCCAGAGUCUCCUCUCCUUAUUUCCUCACUCACUCCAGAACCUUUCCUUUUACUAGACCUUGAGUCUGUAAGCAAGGUCCUUGAACAGCAGUUAGCCAAUUUAUUAAAAAAUGGUUAACAGGAAUCUAAAAGCUUCGACAGUUGGGGAAGCGUUUGGCUAGAACCUAAGGAGGGAAGCCAAUUUGAAGAACAGUUUCCCCCUCUUCUCCCUGUAACGUUCACUCAUGGAGCAGUCUCGUACUGAACAGGGGGAGGGAAUGUGGCAGAGUGUAGCCCAAUUUUGACAAGUCUUGGAAGCUAAAGAGGAUCGUUAUUUGGAUGGAGGAUCUUGCAGAGCAAGCCCAUGGCAAACCGCCUCAUUUGCCGAGAAAGCCCCUUGCUGGGGUCUCCAUAAAUCACUUGUGACUCAACAGCAUUUAUGUACAUAAUAUUGAAUGGGACAAUUGGCCCUCUAGCCAAGUAUUGCUUUCUCUGACUGGCAAAUGCUAUCCAGUAGAGCUUUUUUUAUAGCAGGAACUCCUUUCCAUAUUGGGCCACACCCCCCCCCUGAUGUAGCCAAUCCUCCUGGAGCUUACAGUAGGCCCUGUAAGAAGAGCCCUGUAAGCUUUUGGAGGAUUGGUUACAUCAGGGGGUGGGGCUUAAUAUGCAAAUGAGUUCCUGCUACCAAAAAAGCCCUGCUAUCCAGGGUCUAAGGCAGAGAAAGAUUAAGGGAAGACUCCAGAGGUUGAAUAUGGAGCCAUCCACACGCACCACUGGAGUCUCCCCCUAAUCUUUCUGUGCCUUAGACCUGGAUAGCAUUUGCCAGUCAGAGAAGGCAAUGCAUGGAUAGAGGGUCAUCUGUCGUAUUCAGCAUUGUGCAUAAGUCAGACCAGGGGUGGAAUUCUAGCAGGAGCUCCUUUGCAUAUUAGGCCACACCCCUUGAUGUAGCCAAUCCUCCAAGAGUUUACAAGGCUCUUUUUUGUAAGCUCUUGGAGGAUUGGCUACAUCAGGGGUGUGUGGCCUAAUAUGCAAAGGAGCUCCUGCUAGAAUUCUACCCGAGUCAAACCAACACGGUUACCCACCUGAAUCUGUCUGUCCCUUGGAGUUAUACAUAGUAGUGGAUGACAAUUUGUGGUGGAUGGGAAAGCUUUGUCACUCCGUCUCACGUGGGAAACCUUUAGAAAGCUCCCAAAGAACGUACGUUCUCUAAAAACAGUGUUUAAAAUCAGGGGAACAAAGCCAGUAACUGCAAAAUGGACAAAAACAGGGAACUCGCCUCUCACACUGAUGCUCAUACCGAGCUUUGAAGCUUCUUGGAUGUACUGUGCUAUAUCUAAAUAAACUGCUCUUCAAACAGACCCUUUUAAAAAAAUCUCAGUUGAGUCCUGCAGGAACCUGUCUUGUCACUUUGUGUUGCUCUUAAACAUUGUCCCCACCCCAUGCUUUGUUUUGAUGUGUGUUUUGUUCUUGGAAAGAAAUAUCUUCUUCGACAGUUCAAUAAAAUGACAAAUAUAUAUAUUUUCCACUGUUCAUGUUACCGAGUUUUAUACUGCACAUGGAGGUAUAUUUGUUUGAAUCAUUACUGCUUCUGAGGCACAGGAGUGGUAAGUGAAGUUGAAUUCAACCAAUAAAUCGAUUGCUGUGUGGGUAUGAA